CUUCACCAACAUUAGACAUGGAACGGACCCCGACCACUCUCCUUCCUGACAUAGGGGCUGAGCGGAACGCAAUAAAAAUCAUCUUUUUUGUCGGUACUAGCAAUAUACCAAGUUUCUGGCCAUGAAGCUGAUCAAUGCCAUGCAGGAAUCGAAUCCCGUCUUAGACAGCCUUCUAAGCACAACCACGUAUAUAAAUCCGCAACACGAAUCCCCCCUUUUUAGUCGCCUUCCGCGCGAGCUUCGAGACCAGAUUUAUGCCUACGCCCUCCUCGACACUCAGCAGGAUCCUUUCCUCCCCCGCUUUCCGGCACGCAUCCCUCUACUCACAUAUCCAUCAAACGAAUCAGCGGCUACUCAAUCACCUAGCACUCCUUAUAAUGAUUCGCCUUGUACUUACUACCGGCUGCCGGCAGACCACGCCAUUACUCUGCGACCGAUUCCCCGCCACGUAAUCCCAUGGUUGAGUUCCUGGCCCCCCUCCCCCGGCCGCCAACCCCACGACAUCGCUCUCCCGCUCCUCCGCACCUGCCGCGCCGUCUACCUCGAAACCCACGCCCUCCCCCUCUCUCUCAACGCAGUGCCCUUCUACCACCGACUCGACUUCGCCCUCCGCCUCGACACCCUCCUCCACCCCUUCCCCGACCAGCGCCUCUACUCCUACCCCUACCAAACCUUCACCCACGCCUUCCCCUACCAACUCCCCCACCUGCGCGCCCUCGACUACACGCUCAAGCAGACCGAGCUCGAGAACGCCAACUUCGCCGACUCCCACCACCAGCGCGCGAACGAGAAGUUCCCGCUCGACACCUGGAGCUCGAUUGCGGCGCAUGUCAAGCUGCUGAGGAUCCGCAUCGAGCACACGGACUGGGCUGCUAAGGGGGACGAAGCCCUCGCGCUUGAGCCAUGCACCAGCUACAGCCACUCGCAGGCUUUUAUGCAGCAGUGCGCGCAGGCGCGACGGACGGGGAGAUUGGGCGAGGUGGCUUUGCCCUCCCAAGGGGAUUGGAGGCAGCCGGGAGGGUGGGGCGGUGCUGUCGAGCGGGAUUUUCCGGCGCUGGGGGAGUUUGAGUUGGUGCUUGAGGCGGUGCAGGCGAGGAAGGGGGAGUUGGAGGAGGUGGUGAGGUGUGCGCAGACGUGGGUGUUUGAGAGUGGGGAGGUGGGGAUGUUGAGGUAUGCGGCAGUGGAGCAGGGGAGUUGGGGGAAGGAAGACUGCCGGGAUGGGGUGAUUGAGGUUAGGGUUUUGAGGUGGAAGAGGACGAGGGUGUGAUUGGAAGGCUUGAUAUUGUACGAGCUCUGAGCCUUGACGUGAUGCAUUUUAUAUGCUCUACGGGGAUUUAAUAGGUCGUUAAGGUACCUUGGUCAGUGCCAAGAAGUGAAAAUAAAAACCAGGAUGACCAAGACUGCUGAGUCCAACAAGAUUAUUAGCAUCACGAGGUACAUCUGCGACGAGCCCACGGGUUUGCAAGGUCCAAGUUUGAUGAUUAUUUGAAGGACUGCAGACGGUGUCAAGCAAUUACGCAGAAGUGUGAUCGUGAGUGAGUUUGAAUAGUAGGAUGGUAAUUUUUACACCGCACUGGAGUUUAAGGACAUCAUUGGGGCACUCCAUACAGCUGCCAGCAAG